AUGUUGAGUGGUAUUCUCCUCUUUAACCAGAAGGGUGAAAAUCUCAUCUUUCGUGCCUUUCGUCCAGACUGUCGACCUCGACUUGCAGACAUAUUUCGAAUCCAAGUCAUCUCCAAUGCGCAAGUCAGAUCACCCAUUCUCACCCUGGGCUCCACCACUUUCAGCCAUGUCAAACACGAAAAUAUCUACAUUGUAGCUGUCACCAAGAGCAAUGCCAAUGCCGCCGUCGUGUUCGAAUUUGUCUACCGGUUGAUAGGGCUAGGAAGACAAUAUUUUGGGAAAUUCGAUGAAGAGGCAGUUAAGAACAACUUCGUCCUUGUGUAUGAGCUACUCGAUGAAAUCCUUGACUUCGGCUACCCUCAGAACACCGACGUCGACGUUCUCAAGAUGUACAUCACCCCGGACAAUAUCUCCUCCGCCAUAAGAUCUGUUUCUGCCCCGCCGAGUGACACGUCCAAAAUUACCAUGCAAGCGACAGGUGCCCAAUCAUGGCGGAGAGGAGACAUCAAAUACCGCAAGAACGAAGCGUUUGUGGACGUGAUUGAAGAUGUGAACCUGCUCAUGAGCGCCACCGGUACUGUUCUUCGAGCAGAUGUCACGGGCCAAAUUAUCAUGAGAGCAUAUCUCAGUGGAACGCCGGAGUGCAAAUUUGGUCUUAACGAUCAAUUGGUUGUGGGCCAAGUUGGUCAAGGUAUGGACGGGCCUGUGGGGAAUCAAGAUGGCAAACGAAAAGCUACACGAGCAGCGGCCGGUUCGGUCACAUUGGAAGAUUGUCAAUUUCAUCAGUGCGUGCAGUUGGGCAAGUUCGAGACCGACAGGACGAUAUCUUUUGUGCCCCCUGACGGAGAAUUCGAAUUGAUGCGGUACCGAGCGGUUGAAAAUGUCAACCUGCCCUUCAAAGUUCACGCCAUUGUCCGGGAAGUGGGCACCACCAAGGUCGAAUAUAGCAUUGCUGUCAAGGCCAACUACGGCAGCAAGCUGUUCGCGACCAAUGUGGUCAUUAGAAUACCGACUCCGUUAAACACCGCCAAUAUCACGGAGAGGACCACACAAGGAAAAGCCAAAUACGAGCCCGAAAACAACUGCAUCGUAUGGAAGAUUGCCAGAUUUGUUGGCGGCAGUGAAUUUGUGCUCAGUACCGAAGCACAUCUGACCAGCAUGACGAAUCAAAAAGCCUGGUCGCGACCUCCACUGAGCAUGAAUUUCUCUUUGCUCAUGUUCACCAGCUCUGGACUGUUGGUGCGGUAUCUGAAGGUUUUUGAGAAGAACAACUACAGUAGCGUUAAAUGGGUUCGCUAUAUGACCAAAGCUGGAAGCUACGAGAUACGAUUUUGA